UCUGUAAGCUAUUUGUGGCUAUUAUGUGUCUAUAAAAGGAAAUCUGCAGGGCAAUGCAACACACCAACAGUACACUUUGAACUUUGCAAGACGGGCUGAAAGGCGUGCAUGCUUUCGUACAUGCUUUGAUCAACAUUUGACAGAGGUUUUCCUGAAUCGUGGACCCAAGCAACACUUCUGGAUGGAGAAGGAUUUGAAGCAGACAUGGACCGUGUGAGUAAGAGUCUGGGAGAGGGUUCAAUAGGAGUGCCAUCCCAUCGUAUUUUCACGUUUUUGCCAGUGGUGCAGAAAUUACCAAUUAAAAACGUUGUUACUGAGGAGGAGAGAUCUGGAGCUUUGACAGAAAAAACAAAUAAGAACUUAACAUUGUCCCAUGAGAAGACAGCCGGGGAGAUCAUGUCGGACAGGGAGAUCCUUAAAGCAGAGAUAGUCUUAAUGAAAGACUAUCCAGGGGGAGGAGCAGGAAACACAAUCCAACCAGGGACAAAACUUCAACCUUCACCGGAUCACGUGAGCUUCUCUCAAACCAAAGCCUCUCCUUCACUCAGUGUUCAGUCUGAAAAUAUCCUCGCCCACGUAGCUGCCGGGACAGCCUCUAUGGAAACAGCUGUUGAUAAACACAGGGGCAUUUCCCGGGGGCAGAGUCACGAUACCUCUGGACUUACUGAGGUUAGCUCGGGUUUCUUUGCAAAUAUAGCGUCUGUGUCAGAAGACAGACUGAGCCCCACAGACUCUGCAGAUCUGUUCCCCACACCGGCUUCAUCCAGAGAGUCCAUCCUUUCAGAGGACUUGGACAGAGAGAAGAGCUGGUCGGCUGUGCAGCUUUCCUCUCUCACCUCUCCUGUUUCUUUCAGCCGCACUGUUUCUCCCUGCUCAUCUGUCCGCUCCGGCAUCUUCUCCCCUGCGGUUGUUCAGAUCAAGAGGCACUUUCUCGCUCCUGGCUCUAGUCUGGUUCACACCCCCUGUUUCUCAUCCUGCGAGAGCCUGUCCUCCUCUGUCUGUCCCCAGUCCCCUCCUCCCCGGCACCGGCCUCCUCUCACCCGACUCUCCCUCCUCACUGCCAUCCUAAGAAAAGGCCGUCUUCCUGUCCUGUCCCCUGCUCUGCAGAGGCCUUACACCCCCUGCUGGCCUAUUAGCCCCGUGACCAUGUCCACUUGUAAAGCAUGCUCAGCAGCCUCCAGUGUGGCCUCCAUUCCCCUUGAGUUUUCCUCUCGGUUCUCCUCAUCAACAUCUAUAGAUAGUCAGAGCCACGCUCACAGGGAGCCUAAUAGAAGUGUCAUAUCUCCUCCACCUGUGCAGUCAAAUGAGCUCAGUAGAACAUGCCCUCAAGCGAAAAGAUGCUCCAGCAGUGUGCCUAGAUGGGAGCAGGUUAUUUCACCACCAGCUGUAAAGAGCACACUCCCGAAAGUGCCACAGCCUUUAUUUUGCUCAAACGUCAAUUCAGUUUCCCCACUACAGCAUAAAAGAAUGGACUGUGCAACUUCCAAAAAGUUGCAACACCCACACACGUCCAUUUCCAAGUCCCACGAGCUGAAGCCCAUCAACACUGACAUUUACCUCAAGGGCCUUGCAGAUAACAACCUUAAAAAAGUAAUCUCCCCAUCCCCUGAAGAUAAUAAGUUAGGGACCUCUUUGUCCCAUAAAUGGAGUCCCCUGCCAAAUUCAUCUUUCUCAAGUCUUCACUCGCUCUCUCAACAAUUGAGGUCUCCCUCUGUCUCUCCUCCUCGGCUUAAGCCUUCUCAAUCACUCUCACCAGGUGCCACAAUUUUCUGUGACACAGCAUCACCAUCUGUACAAAACGCCACAGAAAGGUGUGAGUCAGGGACGAGCUGCCCUGAUUACAAAAAAUCAGCUGGUUUUCACAGAACUCAUUGUCUGUCUCCUUCCCACUACACACCCAUGGCUUUUCACGGAUGGCCCUCACCCACUAACUCCCCCACGCCUACCCCCUCUCCUAUUCCACCAAUCAGAGACUUUCUCCAGUCCCCUUCUCUCUCCAUGCGCUCCACGCCCUCCCCAAGGCCUGGGAGUGGAAUAUCAGACUGCAGUGACAGGGAGGGUAAAAAAAGAAAGACACACAAGAUAAAGUUAAGCUACAAAUCGUUCGCUGCAAUUCCCACAAACACACUUCUGUUGGAUCAGCAGACAAUAGACGAGCAGGUAGAGAGAGAAGAGAGUCCGUGUUGCAGGUUGGACAGAGGUGUUGCAGACACCCACGCUGAGAUGUGCUCACCCGCUGAGCUCCGGCAGCAGUCAGAAGCUCUUUAUGCAGUUAUUGAUGAGAUAUUGGCAGAUUCCAUUCCAGCAAGCAAAACAUCCCGCUCACAGCAGCCCUCCAGGUCAUCGACUACAAACAUUGAUCUGCAGAGGUUUCAUUCUUUCCUUCUUUACUUUCAGCAGAACAACUCAUCGUUAACACAAUCCUUGGGACGUGAAACCAAAUAUGCUUCUGUAUGCAGCUUGCACCCAUCUACUGGUGUAGAGAGAAAGCUUAUGAAUCCGGAAAAGACAAAACCUGGGGUUAUUCGUCCAAUGACAGCCAGUCCAAGACUGAUGGUCGAGAAUGACGAAGAAUUCCAUCCAAACCCUUUCAGGGAGUUUGUCACCAAGAACCCGACUGACAACAAAAAGGUGCACAGUAUGAGUCAUGAAGAGGCAGGAACAGAUUUUUACAAAAUGUUGAGAGAAGACUGGAAGCCUGAAGACAGAGGUCCAUUCUCAGUAUGUGACCUGCAGAUUACCGAGCCUGAAGAUCAGAUGAGUCCCUCUGUGAAAGAUGCCUCAACAUCUUUUAGUCCAACUAAAAGGCAGACAGAAGCUUUUGAAACUCACAUUUAAAGCAUUACACGUUGACCCUUAAUUUUUUUAUUUCUUAUAAACAAUAUUUUCUGCUAAGACACAUUCAACAUUCAAUACCAUUACCUUUAGAGGAGGAAUGACAGGUUAAUUGCACCUGUCCUAAAAUAGUGAAUGAGUGCACAUCCAUUUGCAUUUGUAUAUUAAAAAG